AGGCAGAGGGGUCUGAGUGGGAAGAGACAGAGGUGGUGGGAGCAGUGGGCUCUGCCUGUCCCCACCCCCACCUGGGGCCUCACAUCAUCCCACUAUCAUGGGUAGUGCCUACCACUGGGAGGCCCGGCGCCGGCAGAUGGCUUUGGACCGAAGGAGGUGGCUGAUGGCCCAGCAGCAGCAGGAGCUGCAGCAGAAAGAACAGGAACUGAAGAAACACCAGGAGGAAGAACAACAAUCGGAGAAAAAACUCCAGCCACCUAAGAAGUUAAAUGUGCUGCAACCACCAGUGGCGAAAUUGUGGACAUCACAGGAGCAACCACAGCCAUCACAGCAGCAGCCAUCAGUGCAACCACCAUCGCAGCCACCAGCACAGCCAUCAACAUUGCCACAGGCACAGGCGCAGGCACAGGCAUGGCCAGGGCCACAGCCACCACAACCACAGCCACCACCUCCGCCAACACAACCAAGUGCUCAAGCCCGUCGUACUCAGCACACCUCCAAAAGGAAUCUCCAGGAUUCCCAAAGUCCAGGUCUCAUGAACCCAUGCCAAUCUAGCCCCAUCAAAAACACUGGGUAUUCACAACUCAAGUCUACCAAUUACAUACAGCAGUGGUGAUCCAGAGAUUGAACCCAAGACCCCAUGGCCAUCCCCAAAAUGCAGAUGAGCAACCACAUCUUCUCAGCAUCCAGCAAUACCUCCACUCCAAAAGCCACCCACUUGAGAAGAGGAGGCUGCCAGGAAUAAAAUGUAAUUUUUUCCCUGGGAGGAAUCA